AUGAGAGGAACAUAAGUGCACUCAACAUCGAAUAAUAACAAUAAUAAUAAAGUGAAGUGCACUAAACAUCGAAUAAAGUGAGAGGAGAAGAUGGCCUACUUUGUGCCAAAACAUCUUCUCUCUUUUGCUCUCUCUGUCUCCGUUCUUCUUCUUCUUCCGGUGGCCUUUUCCGUUGGCCCGGAAGAGGCAGAACCCAUAUCCUACCAUGGCGGACCCUUAAUCAGUGGCAUGUUGAAAGUUGGCAUAGUCUGGUACGGCCCAAUUCCAAGGUCCCAAAGGAAAGCCAUUUUGUCCUUCUUCAGGUCCCUCAACACCGUCACCCCUACCGCCGAUAACAUACCCCAGGUCGCCACAUGGUGGAACAUGGUGGAGAGUUAUCAAGCAUACGCCAAACCAGGUGCAGCAGGUUCUUCAAGGAUCACGGUCAAGGUGGUAAACGAAGCUUUCGUGCCAGACUAUGACUACGGAAAAGUCCUCAUCAGAGAUUUCAUCAAGGGCCUUAUACCCACGGCAACCGCCGGAAUUCCAGACACCCUGGCUGUGAUCGUAGCCUCGAAGGGUGUGACCGUGCAGGAUAUGUGUGCAGGAUCAUGCGCCCAGCACGGUCUUAUAGAUAAUCAAACUUAUGUUGCCGUGGGGGACCCGGAGGACGAGUGCCCCGAAUGUGCGUGGCCAUUCGUUGCGAGCAGUGAAAAAGAAGGCGAAGUGAUGUUGCCACCAAGCGGAGAUGCCGGAGCAGAUGCGAUGGUGAAGUUGUUGGCCGGAGGGUUGGCCGGAGCAGUCACAAAUCCUUUGGGUGACGGGUUUUACACAACUGCACGAGGAAACCAUUUUUUCGAAGCCACAAGCAUGUGCCCUGAUGUUUUUGCAUCAGUCGAAAUACCCGUCGACCCCGUAAGCGGUGGUGCCUACAAUGUUGUCGGCGACAAGGGCACCAAGUUUUUGCUCCCUGCCAUUUGGGACCCCAAAACCUCUUCCUGUUGGACUCCUCUCUAGAUUCUUUUAUUAUUUUAUUAUUCUAUUAUUCUUAAAUCAUAUCUCUCUCUUUCAUUAAUCUUUUUUGACAAUGGAGAGUAAUAUUUUUUGGGACUCUAAUAAACAC